UCCUCUUUUAAGCUCUUUUAUAGUCAGUCCCUCCUUCAGCAAAACAUAACAUAAACAUAACAUUACUCGUCGGGUAACAGUGUUGAAACUGAUAAUGGAAAAUACGAAAGGAUUAGAAGGAGGAGUAACGAUGUUUGGGAAGGCGGAGAUCGAUACAAGAGCUCCAUUUAGUUCAGUAAAAGAGGCUGUCAUGUUGUUUGGAGAAAGAGUUCUUGCUGGAGAACUCUACUCUGCUAAUAAGCUUAAACAGAAGAAGGAUGGAUCAUCAUCAAGUGAAGACGACAUCGAUUCGUUUGAUCUUGGAACAGUAACUACAGAGCUACAAGAGACAAAGCAAAGACUAGAAAGAGCACGAGAAGAAAGAUUUGUAAUGGUUACUUGUCUCUCUUCUUUAGAAGAAGAACUUGAACGCACAAGAAAUGAGCUUGAGAAUUUAAAAUUUGAGCAAAAAUCCAAAGAACAAGUUAUGGUAUCAGAAAUUGAAGACCUCAAGUUUAUAGAAAAAUCACAAAUUAUGGCAAAUGAAAACGUCGAGUUUCAAAAGAAAAGAUAUGUCACAUUUGCAAAUCCUCCAACUUUGAAUGGCCUUGUAAUUCCACAAAGUGAAAGGCAUCCUUCUCUCAAGAAGAAGAAGAAGAAGAAAAUCCCUCUUAUAGGAGGAAUUUUUUCUAGGAAGAAAGGUAGUAAUUCUGAUAUUCAAUAGGUCACGAAAGCUCGAGCAGCGGGAGCAGUUACUGACGCUUGUAUUAAGGUAGGCUGUCUACAUCACACUAGCUUCUUAUUGGGGUGGGACCCUUCCUCGGACCAUGCAUGAAUGCACCUUUGUGCGCCGACUCUCCUUUUUAUAUAGCUGAUAAAUUUUCUAUAAUUUUGUUUAAGACCAAAGUGUGAAGUUAUAUAUGUGUUUCUUUGUGUAAAAAAAAAAAAUUCAAUAAGGUUUGUAUUAUUAGUUGAA